AUGCACUUCACCAGCUCUAUCUUUAUAGCCUUCGCGGCUCUCGCUUCUUUUGCCGGUGCGGCUCCUACAUCCCCGGCCGAGGAUGUUCGUAGCAUCCUAGCGCGGGAGGCUGCCAAUGGCAAUCUUGUUAAGCGCUGCUACAUCGAGGGCCCCAACGGCUGUGCUCGAUGCAUACAACAAUACAACUUGUCCUGCCCCUUCAUCGGAGGUGCUGCUUGCUCAAAGGGUGCCAAGCCCGCUUGCCAGGCUGGAGGCUGCUGUUAA